CCUCAGCCCUGCGCUGCGUUGCCCCCCUCCUCCUCCGCCGCCGCCUCAUCCCACCACUCGCUAGUCCAAUCUCGGUCUCUCCCCGCGCCGCCGCCGCCGCCGCGCCAGCCGCCCCUCCCCCCGCGGAAUGGGCGCGCAGGAGGCGUCGGCGGAGGAGGCGCUGCGCACCGCCGCGGCCGAGGUCUCCACCUCCUCGACGACGCGCCGCCUCCGCCUCUUCCGCCACACCCUCCCUCAUCUCCUCGCCAAGGCGUCAGAGUCACCAUCAGAUACAACAUUGUUAGUUGAUCUCAUUUUCCAGACAUUGCUUAUAUAUGAUGAUCGGGCAUCGAGAAAAGCGGUCGAUGAUAUGGUUAUACAGGCUCUUGGUGAAUCUACUUUCAUGAAACCCUUUGCUGCUUCACUUGUUCAGUGCAUGGAAAAGAAUAUGAAGGUUACAAGUCCUCUUGCAUGCUUCAAGCUUCUCAGAUGGUCAUGCUAUCUUCUGAAUUUGAGCCAGUUUGCCAUGCUUUCAAAAGGUGGUUUCUCUAGACUUGCCAAUGCACAAGCAGUGUUAUGUCAAGUCCUAAUGGAUGGCUCAUUUCGUCAGCGCCGUACUUGCAAACAAUUGUUUACCCGUCUUUUCUCUGAGUCUAUGGGAACGUAUAAGAUGUACAUAGAUGAGAUCAGAGAUUCAAGGAUUCCAGUCAGGGACUCUCCUGCUUUCUUAAAUAUAAUGCUGGAUUUUGCCAUCACUUCACCAUCAUUAUAUGCUGAGUACAAGCCACUGUUCCUUGAUUUGUAUGUCAAAACCAUCUUGGGUUCAAAAGACCGGCCAUCACAAGCAUCGGCUGAAGCUUUUAAGCCUCUUUUUUUGGAUAUGGGACAUGAGGACUUUAAAAACAUUGUUGUCCCAUCAUGCAUAAAGAUGCUGAAAAGAAAUCCUGAGAUCGUGCUACAAUCUAUUGGAUAUCUCCUGAAUACAGUCCGUUUAGACCUAAGCAAGUAUUGCAUGGAGUUUUUGCCAGUUGUGCUGCAUCAGGCUCGGCAUUCAGUUGAAGAGAGGAGGAUUAUUGCUUUGAGUACUGUAGGAACAUUGAGUGGGAAGUCUAGUGAUCCAGACACUCUACUUUCCAUGUUCAAUGCUAUUAAAGCAAUUUUAGGAGGCUCAGAGGGCAAAUUAUCAAUUCCAUACCAGAGAAUUGGAAUGAUAAAUGCUUUGGAGCAGUUGUCAAGAUCGCCUCCAAAGCAAAUAAGCAGACUAGCUCCCUCGUUGUCCAGUUUCCUUCUAACGUGCUACAAGGAUGAUGGUAUUGAAGAAGUGAAAUUGGCAGUUCUCUCAGCUUUGGGAUCCUGGGCUUCGGUAUCAACUGAAACUGUACAAGCAGAUGUUGUUUCAUUUAUAGCUGCAGGUUUGAAAGAGAAAGACACUUUAAGAAAGGGGCAUCUAAAAUUAAUACGGGCCAUAUGCAAAAAGUCUGAUUCACUGACUAAGGUUACAUCUUUGUUGGAUCAGUUAAUACAGUUGUCAAAAACUGGUUUUACCAAGGCAACACAGCGGCUGGAUGGAAUCUAUGCCCUCUUUUCUGUAUCAAGGCUUGCUGCUAUUGAUACAAAAGCAGAUGCUGCUGUUCUAAAGGAGAAGCUCUGGACAUUGAUUGCUCAAAAUGAACCCUCAUUGGUCUCUGUCCAGUUGUUUUCCAAACUCACAGAUGAGGAUUGCUUGACCAUCAUGGAUCUUCUCCAAUCACUGUUUGUGGAGCAUCAUUCCCGGGUCCAAGAGUUUUUCUCUGUGCAGUCAUUACUGCAGCUGCUACUGUAUCUAGUUUGCCAUCCAUGUUGGGAAGUCAGAAAAAUGUCUUUUGAUGCUACCAAAAGAAUCCUCUCAAGCUCUAUUGGCUUAGCUGAAGAUCUUCUCUUCUUAUUUACUAAUUGGUUGUCAUUAGUUGGAGAGAGAAUGUCUAUUUUGAAACAAAGUGAUACAGAUAGCACUGCUGAUUCACAAUUACCAUUCAUUCCAUCUACUGAGGUCCUUGUCAAGUGCUUGUUGUUGAUUGCACCUUACGCAGUUGGCCAUAGUCCGAUAUCAUAUUCUCAACUUCUACUGUGCUCCCACCACCCUUGUAUUUCCAGCUCAGAUCGUUCUGCUGGUGUCUGGAAGAGGUUGCAGAGAAGGUUGAAACAACAGAAGAUAUUCUUUAUUGAAUUGAUCUCUCCGAACAUUUCAGUUAUCUGCAAGGAAUUACUUUCGCUGAAUGGUUUAUUUAGUUCCAACAAACAAGUUCAAUGUGCUGCACUAAAUUCAUUAUCAACGCUGAUGACAAUAACACCCAGUGAUGCAUUCCUUGAGUUUGAGAAGCACUUCAUAGGGCUUCCAGAUCUCACUUUGCAUGAUGGCUUCUCUGAGAAUGAUAUUAAGAUACUCUAUACUCCAGAGGGGCAGUUAUCUACCGAGCAAGGAAUUUAUGUCGCUGAGGCUGUUGCAUCCAAAAAUACAAAACUUGCGAAGGGCCGUUUUCGUGCGUAUGAUGAUCAAGACACGGACUCUGCUCAAUCUGGUGCCCCCACAAAGAGUGACAGAAGAGAGUCCUCUAGCAUUGGCAAACGAGAAACAGGGAAAUCCACAAAAAAGACUGCUCCGGCUGACAAGGCCAAGACUGCCAAAGAGGAGGCCAGAGAUUUGCUUUUGAAAGAGGAAGCAUCUGUGCGUGAGAAGAUUGGACAUGUGCAGAAGAAUCUCUCCUUGAUGCUGGAUGCUCUUGGUGAAUUGGCUAUUGCUAACCCUAUAUUUACUCAUGGCCAAUUGCCUUCUCUGGUAAAUUAUGUUGAACCAUUGUUAAGUUCUCCAAUUGUAAGUGAUGCCGCAUUUCGUGCAAUGUUAAACCUAGCACGCUGCACAGCCCCGCCUCUUUGCAAUUGGGCACCUGAGAUUGCUGCUGCUAUCCGUGUAAUUGCGGUUGAUGAUUUUAAAAUGGUUAUGGACCUUAUGCCUGUGAUUGUGGAAGAAGAUAGCAACAAGAAAUCAUCACCUGGCCUCUUUGAGCAAAUAGUAACUGGGCUGACAGUUGCAUGCAAAGCAGGGCCUCUUCCAGCAGAUUCAUUUACUUUUGUCUUUCCGAUAAUGGAGAGAAUUCUUCUUUCUACAAAAAAGACGUGCCUUCAUGAUGAUGUGCUUCAGAUACUAGCCAUGCAUCUAGAUCCAAUAUUACCUCUUCCUCGACCUAGGAUGCUAUCAGUUCUUUAUCAUGUGCUAAGUACCGUUCCUGCUUAUCAUCCUUCUGUUGGACCUAUGCUGAAUGAGUUAUGUCUGGGUCUAAAAAGCAAUGAUUUGGCACAGGCUCUUGUUGGGGUAUAUGCAAAAGAAGUUCAUGUUAGGCUUGCCUGCUUAACUGCUAUAAAGUGCAUUCCUAGCCACUCUGUACAACGGGAUUUACAGGUAUCAACAAGCCUCUGGAUUGCUGCCCAUGAUCCGGAAAAGGUGGUUGCUGAAUUAGCAGAGGAGUUAUGGGAUCGCUUUGGUUUUGAUGUUUUUACUGACUAUUCCGGUAUCUUUGAUGCGCUUUCCCAUAAAAAUUACAAUGUUCGAGCUGCUGCAGCUGAAGCUCUGGCUGCUGCACUGGAUGAAAAUCUUGACAAAAUGCAAGAUACACUUUCUACACUUUUUUCUUUGUACAUCCGAGAUCUUGGUGCUGGAGUUGAAUUUGGAGAUAUACAUUGGCUUGGAAGACAGGGUGUUGCAUUAGCCCUCCAUUCGCUUGCAGAUGUUUUGGGUUCUAAGGAUCUUCCUGUUGUUAUGACAUUUCUCAUAUCACGUGCCUUGGCUGAUCCUAAUGUGGACGUUCGUGGUAGAAUGAUUAAUGCUGGAAUCCUUAUUAUUGAUAAACAUGGAAAGGAAAAUGUCCCUUUGUUGUUUCCUAUUUUCGAGAGCUACUUGAAUAAAAAGGCCUCGGAUGAGGAAAAAUAUGAUCUUGUCAGGGAAGGUGUUGUGAUAUUCACUGGUGCUCUUGCAAAGCAUCUAUCAAAGGAUGAUCCUAAAGUCCACAGUGUUGUUGAGAAGUUGUUAGAUGUCCUGAACACCCCAUCGGAGGCAGUUCAAAGGGCUGUGUCAGACUGUUUAUCUCCACUUAUGGUCUCAAAACAAGAAGAGGCCCAAGCUCUUGUAUCUAGACUUUUAGAUAGGAUGAUGAAAUGCGAAAAGUAUGGUGAACGACGUGGUGCAGCCUUUGGCCUUGCUGGUGUGGUUAAAGGAUUUGGAAUUUCUUCCUUGAAGAAGUAUGGCAUUGCUGCAAUACUGCAGCAAGGUUUGGAAGACAGAGCUUCUGCAAAAUCUCGCGAAGGAGCUUUACUAGGAUUUGAGUGCUUGUGUGAGAAGCUUGGCAAACUAUUUGAGCCGUAUGUCAUUCAAAUGCUACCGUUGCUGCUCGUGUCUUUCUCAGAUCAAGUUCUGGCAGUGCGUGAAUCCGCGGAAUGUGCUGCUCGGGCAAUGAUGUCCCAGCUCACAGGUCAUGGGGUGAAGCUUGUCCUUCCUUCACUUCUUAAGGGCCUAGAAGAUAAAGCAUGGCGUACUAAGCAAAGCAGUGUUCAACUUCUCGGUGCUAUGGCCUAUUGUGCUCCUCAGCAGCUAUCGCAGUGUCUUCCAAAGAUUGUUCCAAAACUUACAGAGGUAUUGACUGACACACAUCCUAAAGUCCAAGCAGCAGGACAGACAGCCCUCCAGCAGGUUGGAAGUGUUAUAAAGAAUCCUGAGAUAUCUGCACUUGUUCCUAUUCUUCUGUCCGCUCUGACAGAUCCAAACAACCACACCAAACAUUCUCUUGACAUCCUUCUUCAGACAACUUUCAUUAAUUCAAUAGAUGCACCAUCACUUGCACUGCUGGUGCCUAUCGUGCAUAGGGGAUUGAGGGAGAGAGGUGUUGAUACCAAGAAGAAAGCAGCUCAAAUAGUCGGAAACAUGUCUUCUUUAGUUACAGAGCCAAAGGAUAUGAUUCCUUACAUAGGGCUGCUCCUACCUGAAGUAAAGAAGGUUCUGGUGGAUCCUAUACCUGAAGUCAGGGCAGUUGCUGCUCGAGCUCUUGGAUCUCUUAUAAUAGGAAUGGGUGAAGAAAUUUUCCCAGACCUUGUGCCAUGGCUAUUAGAUACGCUCAAAUCUGAUAGUAGCAAUGUUGAGCGGUCAGGAGCUGCUCAAGGACUAAGCGAGGUCUUGGCUGCUCUUGGAAAAGACUAUUUUGAUCAAAUUCUUCCUGACAUCAUCCGUAAUUGUUCCCAUCAGAAGGCUUCUGUUCGCGAUGGGCACUUGACACUAUUCCGCUAUUUGCCAAGGUCCUUGGGUGGAGUUUUUCAGAAUUACCUACAGAUCGUUCUUCCUGCUAUAUUAGAUGGACUUGCUGAUGAGAAUGAAUCUGUUCGUGAUGCUGCACUUUCUGCCGGUCAUGUAUUUGUGGAGCAUUAUGCUACAUCGUCUUUACCUUUGUUGCUUCCUGCCAUUGAGGACGGGAUAUUCAGUGAUAAUUGGCGUAUCAGACAGAGUUCUGUUGAACUAUUGGGUGAUCUUUUAUUCAAGGUGGCUGGAACUUCUGGGAAGGCAAUCCUUGAAGGUGGAAGCGAUGAUGAAGGUGCUAGCACUGAGGCUCAUGGGCGUGCAAUUAUUGAUGUACUUGGAAGGGAGAAACGUAAUGAAGUUCUUGCUGCCAUUUAUAUGGUCCGUUCUGAUGUCAGCUUGACCGUCCGGCAGGCUGCAUUACACGUUUGGAAAACUAUCGUAGCAAAUACUCCAAGAACUCUGAAGGAGAUUAUGCCUGUACUUAUGGACACACUUAUUUCAUCACUUGCAUCAUCUUCCUCAGAACGCCGGCAGGUCGCUGGAAGAUCUCUUGGUGAGCUUGUAAGAAAGCUUGGUGAGAGAGUUCUGCCCUCUAUUAUUCCAAUUUUGUCUCAAGGACUCAAGGAUCCUGAUGCUAGCAGGAGACAAGGUGUUUGCAUCGGCUUGAGUGAGGUUAUGGGUAGUGCCGGGAAACAUCAGCUACUAAGUUUUAUGGAUUUGCUAAUCCCUACCAUCCGAACUGCUCUCUGUGACAGCACCCAAGAGGUCCGUGAAUCUGCAGGAUUAGCAUUUAGUACUCUGUACAAGAGUGCUGGACUGCAAGCCAUUGAUGAGAUUGUCCCCACUCUGCUACGGGCUUUGGAAGACGACGAAACAUCUGCGACAGCCCUUGAUGGUCUAAAACAGAUUCUAAGUGUCAGGACUGCAGCUGUUUUACCCCAUAUAUUGCCCAAAUUAGUCCAGCCUCCUCUCUCUUCAUUCAAUGCACAUGCAUUAGGAGCUUUAGCAGAGGUUGCUGGGCCAGGUUUGAAUUCACAUAUUGGAACUGUCCUCCCAGCAUUGAUACUUGCCAUGGAUGAUGAAGAUGCUGAUGUACAAAACUCGGCUAGGAAGGCUGCUGAAACUGUUGUGUUGGUUAUUGAUGAGGAAGGAAUUGAAACAUUAAUACCAGAGCUUCUUAAAGGAGUCAAUGAUAGUCAGGCAUCCAUGCGGCGUGGCUCAGCCUAUCUGAUUGGUUUCCUCUUUAAAAACAGUAAAUUGUAUUUGGCUGAUGAGGCUCCAGAUAUUAUGUCCACCCUAAUUACUUUGUUGAGUGAUACCGAUAAGGCUACUGUAUCAGCUGCUUUGGAAGCAUUUUCGCGAGUUGUUAGCUCUGUUCCAAAGGAACAGCUUCCUACACAUAUAAAACUAGUACGUGAUGCUGUCUCCACUGCCAGGGAUAAAGAACGUAGAAGGAGAAAGGGUGUGCCUAUUCUCGUCCCUGGCUUAUGUCUUCCGAAAGCACUGCAGCCCUUUCUUCCUAUAUUUCAGCAGGGUUUAAUUAGUGGAUCAGCCGAGACAAAGGAACAGGCAGCAGAAGGUCUGGGGGAGUUAAUUGAUGUUACAAGUGAGAAAACUCUUAAGGAGGUUGUUGUGCCGAUUACAGGUCCUCUUAUCCGUAUUCUUGGAGAUCGAUUUCCGUGGCAAGUCAAGUCAGCUAUCCUAUCAACUCUGACUAUCAUCAUUUCUAAAGGGGGGCUUGCACUUAAGCCUUUCCUUCCACAACUUCAGACUACAUUUGUCAAGUGUCUGCAGGAUAACAAUAGAUCUGUUCGAACAAGGGCUGCAUCUGCUCUUGGAAAGCUUAGUGCACUUAGCACGCGAGUGGAUCCUUUAGUUAGCGAUCUGUUGUCCAUGUUGCAGUCAGGGGAUGAUGCAGUCAAAGAAAGCGUACUUUCUGCACUUAAAGGUGUUGUCAGGCAUGCUGGCAAAAGUGUUAGCCCUGUAGUCAGAUCUCGCGGGUGUGAUCUUCUCAAAGAUCUACUUCAGGCUGAUGCUGAUGACGUCCGCAGUUCUGCGGCAAAGGCAAUUGGUACAUUAUGUCAGUACAUGGAGGAGAACGAGACUUCUGACCUGGUGCAAACCUUGUUGAAUAUGGGAACCUUACCAGACUGGUGUACCAGGCAUGGUGCUUUGUUAACAUUCUGUUCGAUAUCGAUGCAUUGUUCAUCUAAGUUGUGCCGUUCGAUGUCAUUUCCUUCUAUUGUUGAUCUUCUGAAAGAUUCUCUGAAAGAUGACAAGUUCCCUGUUCGUGAAGCCUCGACAAAAACUUUGGGGAGGCUACUCUGUUACCAGUUGCAGUCUGAAGCUAGCACCUUGCAACUUAUCCAGUUACUUGCCUUGGCAUUGCGCGAUGAUUCAAGUGAAGUUCGAAGGAGAUCUUUGUCUCGUCUCAAAGCUGCUGCAAAGAUAAAUAACCCAGCCCUUGCUACGCAUCUCUCAAUAUUGGGCCCAGCAAUAGCUGAAGCUUUGAAGGAUACGAACACGCCUGUGCGUGUAGCAGCAGAGCGUUGUGCCCUUCAUGUUUUCCAGUUGACAAAAGGAGCAGACAAUGUUACAAUUGCUCAAAAGCACCUGAACAUGACAGGUUUGGAAGUAAGGAAAAUUGCAAAACUUCCAGAGGAGAGUGAUGGCAGUGAGAGCAGUGACGAUGACAAGAGGAAAUAAAACGCAUUACUCACUGCAGCCACUCGGACCAAAUUUUGCUUCUGUUUGUUGUCCACCCAUAUAUGAUCUUUUCUUCAUAGUUGUGGAAAUAUGGUCAUUUUUCUCCUCCUGGCCAUUGGUAUAAACACCCUUUUUUGACAAAAUACAGUAGCAGAGGAAGACAGUUCGGCGUUGUUCAUAUUCUUCUUACUAGAAAUCAACGUUGUUCAUAAUACAAUGAUAGUGUUAAUGAAGAUUAAUUAAUCCCAGAUGCUGACUCUA